AUGGAGAGUCGAAAAAGAAUUUGUAUUCUGCAGAGUAUCCAGGUCUUUCUCACAGAAUUAAAAAGACUGUACAGCUUGCAGCCUGUUAUUGAUUAUAUUGAUAGUAAAUUUGAGGACUACCUAAAUACAGAAUCAUGCACGAACAGACAUCAGAUGCCUGAUAACAGGGUGCAGUGUUGUUUAUCCUUCAUUGCUCCUUCAGGACAUGGACUUAAACCAUUGGAUAUUGAGUUUAUGAAGCGUUUGCAUGAAAAAGUGAAUAUCAUCCCACUUAUUGCCAAAGCAGACACACUCACACCAGAGGAAUGCCAACAGUUUAAAAAACAGAUAAUGAAAGAAAUCCAAGAAUAUAAAAUUAAAAUAUAUGAAUUUUCAGAAACAGAUGAUGAAGAAGAAAAUAAACUUGUUAAAAAGAUAAAGGACCGCUUACCUCUUGCUGUGGUUGGUGGUAAUACUAUCAUUGAAGUUAAUAGCAAAAGGGUCAGAGGAAGGCAGUAUCCUUGGAGUGUUGCUGAAGCAGUGUUAACGUUGUUCCAGUGGCUUCUGGAGCAGCCAACAUUGAACAACCAGAGCAGCAGAAGAAAAAGGUGGGAGAGUGGUCCUGCAGCUGGUUGGAGUUUAGAGACUCAACUUUCAUCUGAAAGAGACACCUCGUGGAAGCCCACAGGACAUGCCACCUUUUCUCAUGGGCUCAUUUCGUGGGCCAGGCGCAAGCUUCUGUUCAUUCCACCUGUGGAUUUGAAUGUCAACUCUGCAGCACCUGUUUAAUCUCUAGAAGAGAUGCUGAUAAAACUUGGAAAUAUUGUAGCUCAGGUAUUUUCAUUGUAAUUGAAACCACCUUUGCAAAAAGUAUGACAGUGAGAGAAACAUGACAUAGAAAAAUUAUGAUAGGGAAAGAAAUCUCACCUAACUGAUUCCAUCUUGCUUCUAAC